AUUAGCAUGCUCUGUUUGCAACACACACUAGAUUCUGAGUAUCAUAUUAAGCAAAGUGCCUGUAUAUAAUAAGAGCACUACCAUAUUAAUCAAACAUAAGAGUGAGAUAAGGUUUAGAGGGUGGAAGCAAUGGAGAGUGGAAGGAGAGGGGGGAAGGGGCACUCGAAAGCCGAGAACGGCGGCCGGAAGGAUCGGCGGUCGGCCACCGGGAUGAGCGGCGAGCCGAAGAAAGGCGGGCACGGCGGGAAGUUCACGUGGGCCGGCGACGGGCGAUUUACGGAGGAAGAGUACAUGGAGAAGGGUGCAGUAGAUGCGAAGGAUCCGAACUUUGAAGAGGAGGAGCGAGGAGAAGAAGCAGAAGAGGAGAAUGGUGGUGACAAGGGUCAGUAGUAUUAACUAGCACUUUAUUUAGUAAAGUGCUUUUAGUUCACUGUGGGUGAUUAAGAGUGUAAUAAAUAAUCAGAGAGAUUUGUAUAUAAUUAAGUUGAGAAUGUUCUCUCACUCCUUCAAAUGGUGAUGCUAGGGUAUUUCAAUUUUCAUCUAAUUUUAUGCAAUGGAUAUGAGAUUCCCUUGUUUUCUC